UCGAGUUUUUCCACAUCGGUCACCAAUGGCCUUGAUCGUGACCGUCGACGUUGUUGUGACCUUAAAGUUCAUCAAAAUACUGCAAGUUGAAGAUCAACGAUCAGGUGAAGGAGACGAAGUCAACGAGAAGUCGCAUCGACUCUCCAUUAAUUCCGGCGAUUUCAGCAGCUCUCAGUCGGCUCCGCCAUUAAAAUCAGAGAAUGAACAAACCCUUAACUCGGGCCGUUAUCUUUGGCAUCUGGUUGGCUUUUAAUGGAGUCGAUGCAGCCUCAAAUCAGCCCUACAGAACAGGUUUUCACUUCCAGCCUCCUAAAAAUUGGAUGAACGAUCCCAAUGGACCAAUGUAUUACAAGGGAGUUUAUCAUCUGUUCUAUCAGUAUAAUCCUUAUAGUGCAAUUUGGGGAAACAUUACAUGGGCCCAUUCAAUUUCAUAUGAUCUUGUAGAUUGGAUCCAUUUAGAACAUGCUAUUUCUCCAACUGAACCCUAUGAAGCCAAUGGUUGUUGGUCUGGUUCUGCAACAAUUCUUCUUGAUGGAAAACCUUCCAUCUUAUACACUGGAGCCAACUCUAAGAAUCAGCAAUUUCAAAAUCUAGCUGUGCCCAAGAAUCCAUCAGAUCCUUUACUGAAGGAAUGGAUUAAAUCACCUCAUAAUCCUCUGAUUUCCCCUGUUGAUGACAUUGAUCCUUUGAACUUUAGGGACCCUACCACUGCUUGGCUUGGCCCAGACAGGUUAUGGAGGAUCAUUGUUGGAGGGGAGAUUGGUGGUCAAGGAUUGGCGGUUUUGUAUCGUAGUGAAGAUUUUGUCAAUUGGACUCGGGGUAAGACUCCGCUUCAUACGUCGAACAAAACUGGGAUGUGGGAGUGCCCGGAUUUUUAUCCAGUGAGUAUCAAUGGCAGUAAUGGACUUGACACCUCUGUUCUAGAUGGGUUAAUCAAACAUGUGCUCAAGGCGAGCUUUAAUAAUAAUGAUCACUAUGUACUGGGGAGAUACACUCCUGAAACAGAUACAUUUUCGGUUGAGACUAACUUCUUGAGCAAUGGCUCGGAUAUGCGAUACGAUUAUGGGAAAUUCUAUGCUUCGAAAUCGUUUUAUGAUAGUGAUAAAAAGAGAAGAAUACUGUGGGGAUGGAUAUUGGAAUCAGACAGUGAAGUUGAUGAUAUUAGCAAAGGAUGGUCUGGCCUUCAGUCAAUUCCUAGAAGUAUAUUACUUGAUGAAUCUGGAAAACAAUUAUUACUAUGGCCAAUUAAAGAAAUUGAGAAACUACGUACAAAGCAAGUGAGUUUUGAUGAUAUGGACCUCAAAAGUGGCUCAGUAUUUGAAGUCCCGGGCAUUAUGGCCGCACAGGCCGAUAUCGAGGUUUCAUUCCGCUUAUCGGGUCUUAAAAAAGCAGAAGAGAUGAAUACGAGUUGGGUUGAUCCACAAUUGCUCUGUAAGGAAAAGAAAGCAUCAAUGAAUGGCACGAUUGGACCAUUUGGGCUGCUGGUUUUAGCUUCUAAGAAUUUGGAAGAACAAACUGCAGUCUACUUCCGAGUAUUCCGAAAGCAAUACGAGAAAUAUGUCGUGCUCAUGUGCAGUGAUCAAAGCAGAUCUUCCUUGCAGGAAGGGCUUGAGAAAACAACUUAUGGAGCAUUCGUUGACAUAGAUCCUGUUCAUGAAACGAUAUCUUUGAGAAGCCUGAUAGACCAUUCAAUAGUGGAAAGUUUUGGUGGAAAUGGGAAAGCCUGCAUCACUGCAAGAGUGUAUCCAAAGCUGGCCAUCAACCAAGACGCCCAUCUUUAUGCAUUCAACAACGGAACAAUGGAUGUAAGAAUCUCAAAGCUAAGUGGUUGGAGCAUGAAGAGAGCACAGAUCGUUCCCAUCCAAAAGAGAAGAAAACCCUCCAUCACUUGAUAUCAAACUCCAAACUCUAGGUACCAUUUGAACCUCCACUGCAAACUCUGAUUUAUUUACUUGUUUACAGAAAGUUAGAAUGAUUAAAAGACUUGAUAGAAGUGCAAUAGCGAACCAAGAAAUUGGUAUAUUUGUUAUUUGGUGUUUCCAGUAGUCAAAAAAGUAAAGAACACAA